UACAGUUGAUCUAGUGUAGUUUAAUUCAAUCAAUAAAUGCAAGAGGUCAAACUGUAGAUCCAUAAUGUAGGUUGUGAUAGAGAGUCUUCAUCUUAAGAUUUAAUGUGUUAACCUUGAUUUCAAUUUUUAAUUUAACAAAAAAUAAAUCGCCAAUAUUUUUAUUUCGACUAAAGUUGUGAAUCGUGUUUAUGUUUCGUUGAACCCUUUCUUCACUUUCUCUCUUUUUCCAUCUAACUCUCUCACUUCAUCUUCCCAUCAUCAAAAAUCAUCUACAACUGCUAAAUGACAAUGUAUUCCUAUUAUCCUUUAAUCAUUACCUGUUCCUCCGUUUUCAUCGUUUUUGCGGUGCAUGGAUUAAAAAUUAUCCCAGAAGGACCUAAAUCUAGUAGAUGGGUUAAUGAAAGUUUUGUGCUUACAUGUAUUGAAGAAGGUGACAUGACUGGUCGUAAACUGGAGUGGAGCCGGGCUGGUGCAAUCGACUCUAGUGCUAUAAUGCAACCAGGGAAUAAUGGACACCAAUUGGCUUUAUUGGUUUACUUUUCAAAGAAACACAAUGGUGGUGAAUACACUUGUAAUCUUAAAGACACUCGAACCAGUCUCAUCAUGGAUUCCAAGUCAAUCACCAUGUAUAUUUUUGAUUUAAUUAAUUUUAUUGGUCCACAGAAUCGAACUGCUCGGGAAAAUGAUCAAGCUGAAUUGGUUUGCAAAUUCAGUUAUGAUGAAAUGUUUUCCGUAUCCGUAUCAUGGUUGCGAAAUGGUAUUGAACCACUUGACGGAUCUUCAUCUAAAUACCGAAUCAGCAAUGCUGAAGGACGUCCAUAUACAUCAACAUUAACCAUUUCUUCGGUUAAAAAGGAAGACGCGGGUACAUACACUUGUCAAGUUCUGGUCAAUUCAAUCAUGAAAACUGAUAUUAAACUAUUCACUCUGGGCUUAGACGUUGUCUAUGCACCAAAGUUUCUUUCAAAUCUUUCUUAUACUGGAUAUAUUGAUGAAAAAAAAUUCAUGGUUCAAGCAAAAGAUAAAAUGGUUUCACUAAAAUGUGCCGUUGAUGCUAAUCCUAAAGCUCAAUUAACCUGGCAGUUGUACCCUAAUCGAGCUUUAAACAAUGAAACAAUUAACUAUACAUACCAAAUUAAGUCAGGUGAUAAUUGGAGUGAACUUAAACUUACUUACAAAUCGUCCAGUCAAAAUGCCAAAUAUCGAACGAAAGAGAAGACUGUCAGUCCAAACGAGUUUCGCUGUGAUGCAUCCAACAGUUAUGGUGAAGAUUCUCGUCGAUAUUAUGUUAAAAUUAGUAAACUUCCCAAAAUGCCAGAAAUUUUACAAUACACAAUGCUCGACAAUAUGCUGACCCUUUCAGUUAAGGAGCAAAAGACUACACCUUCUAUCGAUAAAUAUCGAGUUCGAAUUGCGGAUAAAAAUUUCGAGUUUACUGCAAAUUCUGAUUCCAAUCAAACUUACACCAUUCCAAUUGAAAAUGUUCCCGGCGGUGACCAUGCAUUCCGUUUAUUUGCCCACAAUCCUGUCGGUUGGUCUGAACCGUUGGCUCUUGAAACCAUGAAACUUUCAAUCAACUUUUCGACCUCAUCGUUUACUCCAAAGGUGCAUAUUUUGAUGCUGCUUUCAGCAACUUCUGCCAUUAUUCGUUCACUCAUCUUUGCCUGAUCAGAUAUUUUCAAUUUUAACCUCAACUUUGCAUUCCAAGGCAACAAUUAUUUGAAAAAAAACCAAUGAUUUGUAUCAAAACACUCUCUCCAUCUAUCGUAAGCAAAGGAAAGUAAAAAAUUGAUCCAACUUGGAUCAUUCAAGAGAUGCUUCACAUUUUCACCAAAAAAGGAUAUAAAACAAUAUGAAUGUCUUCAAAUCUUCUUCUUCUUCUUCUUCUUCUUCUUUAUCUUCAUCAUCGUCAUCAUCUUCUGUUCCAUAGGCGUCAAAUGAUCAUCGCUAUUUCUUGUACUAUCAUCUUCAUCAAGACAUCAACAUCAUCCUUACAACUGUCAUCAUCUUUUCCUUGUAGCUUUUUUGCUUUUUAAACACAAACCAAAAAAAUGCGCAUCUUAAAAAAUCUCUAUUUCUGCCAGUUAAGACUAAAUACAAAAUUUGUUCAAUCAGCUAUUUUGAACUUUUUUGAAACCUUCGAUUAACCUUUUGAAAAGCAUGUAAAUGGACAAGAAACAAUCCUUUGCUCAUUGAAAGGAUUCAAUUUAUGCUUUUGUUUUGUUUAACCUCCACCAUAAGCAUUAAUAUGUGCUAAUGGACAAUUAAUAUGGAAAAGACAAACUCAAGUCUAUUUUCAACACUCAAAUCAAAGGCAAAAGGACCAAAAAAUUAACCUUCAAAUUGAUCAUUCAAAGGUGCAAACCACAAUCAGCAAAUGUUUUGAAAGUGAAAAAGAAACACUUUCAGAAUAUAAAUGCUUUUUUCAACUAAAAAAAAGUGGACAUUCUAAUUGAAUCAGUUAAUCCGUCUUGAUGUAUUUCAUGUUUAUUGAUUAUCAACUGCAAGUGUAAUUAACGAUCACUGCUACAAUUACUAGUUUUAGAACAAUUUUACCUGCUCAGUUUCAAUCUCUUUUCCGAUUUGAUUCCUAAAAUGCUAUUUCUAAUUCCAUUCUUUUCGCCUUUCACUUGGCCAGACUUUUCCAACACUUGUCCAAGAAGCAUAAUUUCAUCAUUUAAAUUUUGAUAUCCAACCAUUCCUGUUUGAGCUUGUGCAAAACCAAUGGCAAUGAGAUGAGAAACGGACAGUAAUUUAAUGCUCAAUUUAAAUUUCCAACCCAAAUUGACCAGAAUUAGACUAAACAAACAAAAGCCAUUUUAAACUCUGACAGACUAUUGAUAAUCUUGGAGCUUAACCAGUUAAUUCAGUGUAACUGGAUAACCGUUACAUCCACCAAUGGCCAGCAAUAAUGAACCAUUUUGAAUCUCUAACCAAACUAGUGAAUCUCUUGUUACUGUCUUCAAUUGCUGAUAACAGUAACUCUAUUAAAAUUGAUAACUCUCCAAUCACCAUGGACACAGUAAAAGCUUCAACUAAAGUCACAAUUGGAGUAAAUUGGCUCAAUAAGGACAACUCAAAGACUUUCCAAAGAUUGAUGAAAUUACUAUGCAUUUGGAUAAGAGAAAGAAGAAGAAAAGGGAAGAAUAUUUUCACCAAGUUUCCAUGGAUUAUUAAUGCUGUAGGAAAAGGAAAAAAAACAGAGGACAAGAAUGAUACUCAGCAACGGAUGAAUAACUUCCAAGUCAAGAACAUUCAAGAUAAUCUCAAGAUUCAUGUCUUUACCAAAUUAUCUUUUGUCGCCUUUACUAGUCUUUAUCGUCUUUUCAUUCCAAAUUACAUAUAAAACAAAAUAUAUAUAUACAAAUGAAUUUAUUGUACAAUAUUGAAUGGGAAAAACGGAAACCAAAAAAGGCAGAGAAACAGCAAUGAUCAUUUAAUUCCAACCUUUUUUUUUUGUUUUUUUCCUCCAAAUCAAAAGCUUUUUAGUUUCAUCCUUUGAACCCAUCAACCAACAAUUCCGUGUGCGUGUAAUCCUUUAAUAAUUUAGUUUUCUUGGUGUCAACAACGCUGUCAGCGAAAUGAGUCAGUAAAUAAUAAUAAUGCUAAUAUUACUAUUAAUAAAGAAUGAAACUUUAAUUGUAUUAAAA